AUGCAUUCGCUGGACCCCCUUACUCCGGCUGAGAUCAGGCUGGCCUCGUCCCUGAUCAAGAAAGCGAACCCGGAUAACACUGUUCAUUUCAAGAACAUUGAUCUGAUCGAGCCACCCAAAAAGUCCCUUCGAAAAUACUUAGUUGCGGAGAGAAAUGGCUCUGUUCCGCUCCCUGCCUUGCCUCGACAUGCCUCGGCUCUGUACUAUCACCGUGGAACGCCAAACCUAUUCGUUGCAACCGUGGACCUUGACGCCUCUCGAGUCGCCAAAAUCAAGAAGCUUGAAUCUCGCUAUUAUGGGCAAGCCGACAUGGACGAGGUCGUCGAGGUGAGAGAUGCCUGUCUUAGGCAUCCCAAGGUAAUUGAUCGGAUCAAAUCCUAUGGACUACCCGACAAUAUGACGGUGGUUUGCGAUACUUGGCCCUAUGGGCGAGAUUCUGACCAGUUGAAUCGAAGAAUUGCUCAGUGCUAUCUUUACGCAAAGGAUCGGUCUCACCCUGGCUAUAACUCUUACGACAACCCCCUGCCCUUUUCGCCAGUUAUUGACUACCUCACUAAGGAACUCAUCGAUAUAAUUGAACUCCCCCUGGAGUCGGACCAUUCCACCACUCCAGAAGUGAAGCACAUCCCUCACGUCAACAAAGAAUGGCACCAUGACCUGAACUCUCUGCCCAAGCGGGCUGACUUGAAGCCCCUCACAGUCCACCAACCAUUGGGUGCGUCAUUCACAGUGGAUGAACACCUUGUGCAGUGGCAGAAGUGGCGAUUCAGAGUUGGAUUCAACUGGCGGGAAGGCAUGGUCAUUCACGAUGUCACCUAUGACGGACGGGAGCUCUUCCACAGACUCAGUCUGAGCGAGAUGUUUGUCCCUUACGGAGACCCUAGAACACCUUACUCACGAAAGAGUGUUUUCGACGUCGGAGAUAUUGGAGCUGGAGUUGCAGCGAACAAUUUGGCUCUCGGAUGCGAUUGUUUAGGAUUGAUCAAGUACUUUUCCUUUACCCUUAGCGACUCUAAUGGAAACCCAGUCCCCAAGCCGAACGCAAUCUGCAUGCACGAGAUUGAUGAUGGAAUCGGCUGGAAGCAUACCGACGGCGCCACAAAGGAAGUAUCAAUUGUGAGAUCGCGAGUCCUCGUUCUCCAGACUAUCAUUACUGUCGGCAACUACGAGUACAUUUUCAAGUGGCAUUUCGACCAAGCAGCCGGCCUUCACUACAUCAUCCAGGCAACCGGAAUUCUCUCAACCGUUCCCAUCGCGCCCGGCGUCAAAGUUCCCUGGGGAACAAAUGUCAACCACGGCGUUAUGGCCCCUUAUCAUCAGCACGUUUUCUCUCUGCGUAUCGACCCUACGUUAGACGGAGACAAGAACAGUCUCAUCGAGGAAGACUCUGUAGCCAUGCCCUUCGAUGACGAGAACCCAUGUGGCGUGGGUUAUAUCACCAAGACCAACGUCGUGUCCACAUCGGGAACUUCGCAGGCCGUCAACAACCGCGUACACAAGAUCGUUAACCCUUCGGUCAUCAACAGGAUCUCUGGCAAGCCGGUUGCAUAUGCCAUCCACAGCCCCCAGAAGCAGAUGCUCCUCGCCCACCCUGACUCAUGGCAUGGCAAGCGGGCUAAGUUCGCUCUUCACCCUUACUGGGUCACGGCCUACCGCGAUGGAGAACUCUAUGCCGCAGGUGAUUACACCUACCAGUCGCUCCCAGACGACGUAGCUAUGGAAGAUGACACUGUAAACAAGGGAGAUGUCGCUACUUGGGCAAAGCGGGGUGACAAGGUGGACAACGAGGAUAUUGUGCUGUGGCACUCGGUCAGCUUGACGCAUAACCCUCGACCUGAAGACUAUCCCGUCAUGCCUUGCGAGACCAUGAUGGUUAGCUUGAAGCCUAGCGGUUUCUUUGAACAGAACCCUGCUUUGGACGUCCCGCAGAGUACUCAGAGGAUGAAUAAGAGCGUCCUGUUUGAGGAGGCACCGGCAUCUGGGAGUAAGAGCGGGGCCUGCUGUGGCAGCUCCAAGCUAUAA